ACAGCCACAUGCUCAGUGUGGAGAUCCGGGAGUGGAGCACCUGAAUAGGAGAGGCCGGCGUCAGGACACACCCAUCAGCACGCAGGUAGACGCUGAAGACGAAGGAUAAAGACUGAUAUAUUUAUAUUUAUUAAAAAAAAAAAGAAGAAGAAAAAAAGGCUGCAUCCUGCUGGGGAUGGCUGCCAUUAAGGAGUGUCAUUGCUGUUGGGUGGGGGCACCUGGUCUGGCCUAGAUGGCUUUAGCCAGAGAUCCCGGGGUGGCUCAGGACCAGGGAGAUGCAGCCGACCAGAACUUUGACUACAUGUUCAAGCUGUUGAUCAUUGGCAACAGCAGCGUGGGAAAGACCUCCUUCCUGUUCCGCUACGCAGAUGAUUCUUUCACUUCAGCAUUUGUCAGCACAGUGGGCAUCGACUUCAAAGUCAAAACCAUCUAUAGAAACGACAAAAGAGUCAAACUACAGAUCUGGGACACAGCGGGGCAGGAGCGCUACCGCACCAUUACCACCGCUUACUACAGAGGAGCCAUGGGAUUUCUGCUAAUGUAUGAUAUCACGAGUCAGGACUCAUUCUGUGCUGUUCAGGACUGGGCCACUCAAAUCAAGACUUACUCAUGGGACAACGCUCAGGUCGCACUUGUAGGGAAUAAGCUGGAUUUAGAAGAGGAAAGGCAGGUCCCAACUGAGGAUGCCCAAAGAGUGGCCACAGAGCUCGGCUUCCAAUUCUUCGAAGCCAGCGCCAAAGACAACAUCAAUGUGAAGCAAGUGUUUGACAAGCUGGUGGACGUAAUUUGUGAGAAGAUGAAUGAAAGCGUCAGUGGUGACGCUAGUCCCUCUGCCAAUCACAAGACCGAAGGACCGAAGGAUACACCCCGUGACAGUCAGAGUGGCUGUGCAUGCUGACUGCUGAAUGAAAUGCAAGUUUCAAACUUAGAUCCGCAUUUGCACUUAAUAUAGAUUAUCUAAAUUGAUAUCUAUCAUACCAUGCCAUCUAUCACUGGGAAUGUACUUUUACGCAAGUUACUGGAAUACAGUCAUGGAUGCCUGA